AUGGCGUCAAGAUACUCUCAACCCCAAUACCGUGAUGAACUAAGUAGGUUUCCUUCGGAGGCUACUAGAUCUCAUCCUAAUCUUCUAAGUUCCACUGAGCCUACGCAGGCGUACGACUCACGUGGCGAACGAAGGGGUAGGGGUAUCAAAACGUCUCAUUCGAUGCAAAACCCACAGAUGGAUCGAACUUCACUACGUGACCCUUCAGUCGAGAACAAAGACGUUAAGGUGACGAAGGCAUUCAGUCGUUGGCUUGGAAAGCACAAAGCUAAAAAUGCGGCAAACCCUGAGAGGCUCCGUAUUAGUGAGCCUCAACCUGCAUCAUUACCUCAAGCCCCGUUGCGCCAUAAGCACUCGUUUAACGAACAAGCUCCUCUUCCUCCAAAUAUCUCUCGGAUAUUACCUGAGUUGGGAAUACCGAAGCCGCCUCUAAAGAAUCCAAGCAUCCAAAAGAAGAAUCUUGGUAAAUCUCACGACGCGCUAGGUUCCUACCCAGUUGGUACUUGGCUUGACAAUUCGGAGAAGACGUAUCCUCCCAAGCAAAUACUGUUCAAUUCCAAGGCCGGAGAUAACGAGAAUGAGAUGACAGGCGUUGCUAAGUCUAGACGACAGUCUCGUGCUUCCCCAAAAUCGGUUACCUACGAGUCUGAGCUGGCCGACGACAUUCAAUCGGGGUUGGCGGCAGACAUCAGAGCCGAGCGACGGAAAGGGAGAAUAUUUUCUAAUGAGGACCCUUUGAAAAACCUCUACGAGUUCCCUGAUCCGGAUGCCUGGUAUGGAGAAGAAGAUGAUGAGAGCGAUGAAGACGACCAAUUCUGGGAUGAUGCUGGUUUUGAUGAUUCAGACUUUGGUGGUUCAGACCUUGACGAUGCCGGCUUCGAGGAAGCCGUGUUUACAGCUAGGCGUGAGCGAUAUUCCGCAAAUAUUUCUGUCCCAGAUAUCGUAAUAUCAACCCCGACUGAUGAAGGUGAGCCAUCGAAGAGACGUGCAAGCUCCGAGGACCUGCUAAAGCCUGACGACGUUUACAAGGUCCUGUGGAAGAAGCAGGCUAAAGAAAUUCGCUUUUUGAACGAAACGCAACGUUACCUUUUGCCUCUAGCUUGGUUGGUAGCCGAGGCAGAAGGAAUAGACGUGAAUGAUUUACCUGCAUUAGAGAAGGCUUUGAAGGUUAUCAUUUCAGAUCGUCGGAAGCUCUUUGACCUCUUCCCCCUGGCGAAGGUAUUGGCCAAAGACCAAAAGGUUGACGUUAACGACUUCAAAUCAUUCCCCAGGAUAUUGAAAAACGUUCUGUCGGACCGAGACAAUGCUAAAAGGUUAGCUGACUACCAUCGGACUGCGAAACUAAAGCUCGAAUCAAAAGUCGCGCAGUUGGAAGCAGAGAAUAUUGGUGAAAGUCCCGACGAUGAGGAUUAUAUUCGAUUUUGAGGAUAUACUUAAAGUUAUCAAAGUGCACUACUUCUCAAAUACUUCUCAAAUAAUUCCCUUAGAGCAGUGUGUAGUGGCAUUUGCGACUAGAA